AUGCCGUCGGAAUCUAAGCCUUUGUUGACAGCCCAAACAGAAAAACCAAAUCAUUAUAAAUAUCUAAAGGAAUUUAGAGUAGAGCAGUGCCCAUCGUUCCUACAACAUAAAUGUACACAACAUAGGCCUUUCACAUGUUUUCAUUGGCAUUUUAAUAAUCAGAGAAGAAGAAGACCAGUUCGGAAAAGGGAUGGGACGUUUAAUUAUAGCGCAGAUAACUAUUGUACCAAAUAUAACGAGACAUCGGGAAUAUGCGAGGAUGGAGACGAAUGCCCGUACUUACAUCGUACAGCCGGCGACACAGAACGUCGAUAUCACCUACGCUACUACAAAACAUGUAUGUGUGUUCAUGACACGGAUGCUAGGGGACUUUGCACCAAGAAUGGGGCUCACUGUGCCUUCGCGCACGGAGCCCCGGACCUUCGUCCCCCAGUGUUGGACAUGAGGGAACUCCAAGCUUUAGAAAACCCAGAUGGAACUGAUGGUGAUGCAGCGGCACCCAAUGCGUUAGAUAGAGAACGAAAUUUAAUGAAUGAAGAUCCUAAAUGGCAAGAUACAAAUUAUGUUUUAUCAUCAUAUAAGACGGAGCCAUGUAAGAGACCACCUAGGUUAUGUAGACAAGGAUAUGCCUGCCCUCAGUAUCAUAAUAGCAAAGAUAAGCGCAGAUCCCCGCGCAAGUACAAGUAUCGUAGCACGCCCUGCCCCAAUGUGAAGCACGGCGAGGAGUGGGGCGAGCCCAGCAACUGCGAGGCGGGCGACGGCUGCGGCUACUGCCACACGCGCACCGAGCAGCAGUUCCACCCCGAGAUAUACAAGUCCACCAAGUGCAACGACGUGCAGCAGGCCGGCUACUGCCCGCGCGGCCUCUUCUGCGCCUUCGCGCACGUCGAGCCCGAGGACUUGCCGGGCGCGCGCGAUCUCACCGCGCCGCUGGAGUGCGGCACCAACCUGGCGGAGCUGCUCUCCUCCGCGCUGCCCGACAAGAAGGACACACACGCGCACGCCAACGGCUCCGGCGACGGCUCCGAGUGCGCCUCCACCUCCUCGGGCGCCUCGCGGCCCGCGCUGGAGCCCGAGCGCGCGCCCGCCUGGCCGCCGCGCGCCACCUUCGACGCCACCGUGCUGCAGGAGGUGGUGGGCAACGCGCUCGACGACCUGCACAUGGACGACCCGCGCAGCCUCGUGGCGUCGCUCGACCGCGACCUGUCCGACGGCGAGGGCCUGCUGGCCGCCUCCGCGCCCGUCAACAUCCCCGCGCGGCCCGCGCUGCGCGGCUUCAGCCCGCCGCCCUUCCUGCGCUACGCGGCCGCCGGCGACACCGGCGCGCUGUUCAACUCGCACCUGAAGGCGAGCAGCUUCGGCGCGGCCGUGGAGAGCGCGCCCGGCGAGCUGUCGCGGCUGCGCGAGGAGGUGGGCGCGGCGCGCGCGGCGGCGGCGCGCUGGGACGAGCGCAUCGCGCAGGCGCGCUCCGCGUGCGAGGCGUGGCAGCGCGAGGCGGACGAGGCGCGCGGCAAGGCGGCGCUGGCGGAGCGGCAGCGCGACGACGCGCGCGCUCACGCACUGCAGCUCAAGCGCGAGCUGGAGGCGGCGCGCUCGGCCGCCGCCGCCGCAGCCACCGCGCGCCGCGACCUGCGCUCGCUGCCGCUGACGGCGCUCAAGGCGAUGCAGGCGACGGCGCGCGCCGAGCUCGAGGAGAUAGAGAAGGUGCUGUACCUGGAGACGGCCACCAAGUGCAUGGUGUGCGAGGAGCAGCCGCGCAGCGUCACGCUGGCGCCCUGCAACCACUACGUGCUGUGCGACGCGUGCGCCGCCACCGCCAGCGAGUGUCCCUACUGCCAGACGCCGCACACGCCGCACCAG